GUGGGAAGUUGUCUGCAGCAAAGUUUUUUUUUGUUUCGCACAUUGCAUCGCACAAUUUCUCCCUACUGCACGCUUUCCUUCACACCAUGCUGGACUCUUUCUUCGGGUCCCUAUCGGAGGCGGUCUCCUUCCCUGAAGAUCAAUUACGAUGCCUCUCAACACUCCUCCUUGCCUACCCGCUCGCCUUCGCCUUCAGACUCCUGCCCUACAACAACCCCAACCUUAAGCAUUUGGUAUCUGUGCUGACUUCCUUCUUCCUUCUCGUCGUUGUUGUCGAUGACCUCGUCGGCCUCAUGCACCUGCUCGGUUCCAGCAUUGCCGUCUGGCGAAUCAUGGGCUCGGUCAAGGGCAAGUGGGGUCCCAGGAUCGUCUUUAUGGGAGUCAUGAUCCAUAUGAGUGUUAGCCAUCUUAUGCGCCAGUUUCACGACUACCGUGGAUACAAGCUGGAUCACACGGGACCACAGAUGAUUCUGACCAUGAAACUUACCUCCUGGGCUUUAAGCGUUCACGACGGCCGCCGUAAUCCCAAGGAACUGAGCAAGUACCAGCAGGAGCACGCGAUUACUACCUUCCCCAACCUCCUCCACUACCUCAGCUAUGUCUUCUUCUUCCCAGCAGUCCUCGUCGGUCCCUCCUUCGAGUACAUGGACUACAUCCGCUUCAUUGAACUCUCUACAUUCAAGGAUCCCAAGACUGGAAAGGUCCACUGGCCUGCUGGUCGGCUCGCAGCCUCGAUGAAGACCUUCCUAUUCUCGCUCAUUGCCCUCGCCUCACUCGCAGUCUUUGCGCCGAAACUGGAUGUUCUCUGGACAUUGGAUCCCGCGUUCAAGGCAUUGCCCUUUGUUCUCCGAUUCAUCUAUGUCAUGUUAUCGGCCUUUGCAGCCCGAUUCAAGUACUACGCAGUCUGGAAGAUGGCCGAGGGAGCAUGCGUGUUGGCUGGGUUCGGUUACAACGGAGUGGAUCCCAAGACGGGUAAGCCUAGGUGGGACGCGUCCUCAAACAUCGAUGUCUGGGCGUAUGAGACCGGUCAGAGCGUGAAGGCCUUGGCGGACAGCUGGAACAAGGGCACGAACCAGUGGUUGAAGAAUUCGGUCUACCUGCGGGUGGUCAAGCCCGGUGCGAAGCCUGGUGUCCUGGAGACAUUCUCGACCUUCGCAGUGAGCGCGUUCUGGCACGGAUUCUAUCCUGGAUAUUAUCUGAUGUUCCUUUCGGCGGCGAUGGCCUUGACGGCAGGAAAGAUGUUGAGGACGCAUUUGAGACCGAGGUUUGUGUCGGCCACGACAGGCAAGACUCCGCUGUGGUACAACAUGCUGGGCGUGGUGCUCACACAGGUGACGAUCAACUACCUGUCGAUGUCGUUCUUGAUCCUGACGCUCAAGGACAGUUUGCAGCUGUGGAAGGAUCUUUACUUUGUGGUCCACAUCGGUAUCGCAGCUGUGUUGUUGCUGACGCCGGUAUUGUUCCCGGUGAAGCGCAAGUCGAGGAAGGAGCAGCAGAAGCAUGGUGAGAAGGACGAGACGGAGAAGAUCAAGGAGACGGCUCACCAGGUCGCGGACGGGAUCGCAUCGGCGGCUGUUGUGGCACCGACUGAGAUUCUGGAUGGCUCUGUCAAUGGCAAGGUCAAGACCUUGUAACAGUAUUUUGCUAUGACAUUCUCGCAUCCUUAGCAUUGAGUAAGCAGCAUAACUAUUUGUACACAUACUAUCCACAGCACAUAUUGCCAAUAAACAGCAUCCAACAAUAACGACGACGCGUAUUCGAUCGGGACGAACGAAUGCAUGUACG